AAACAUAUUGACGGAUAAAUUAUGGAAUUAUCAGAAAGUAAAACUGACCAGCCUAAGCCUAAUAUGGUGGUUCUAAAAAGAAAGUUCCAGUGCAAUCGCUGGGUAAAGAGAAGAAUGCAAUAUAUUCUCGCAUUUUCACUCCUAGUACUAAUUGCAAUAAUAAUGUUGAAACGAAGAAAUAAAAAAAAUUGCAUAUAUAGAAAUAAGUGUUCAUUUGAAUAAUAUCGCACCACAAAAUUUGAAUGAGGAUAAUAAAAGUGACAUACUGCCGCAAAAGACACUGGACAUGAUCGCUACUAUAAGAUACAAACAGUUUACGCUGCCCACACCACAAACUGAACGCAGGGACUGGAACGACAACAAAAUCUUAGAAGCGGACCAAUCUCGAGUAGGUCCUGGAGAGCAUGGCCACGGUGUAACCUUUGAAAGUUAUGAAGAAAAAAAGUCGGAAAAAAAACUUUACAGAUCUAAUGGAUUUAACGCUUUGGCCUCUGAGAAAAUAUCCGUGAAUCGGUCGGUACCCGACGCAAGACCCGCAGAAUGCAAGACCCGGAAGUAUUUGGCAAAACUACCCAGAGUCAGCGUUAUACUCAUUUUCUACAAUGAGCAUUUUCACACGCUAUUGCGUUCAAUUCACAGCAUCGUAAAUCGAACUCCAAAGGAGUUGCUUGAGCAAAUUGUACUGGUGGAUGACUUCAGCAGCAGAGUAACACUGAAGGCUCCACUCGACGAUUAUAUUUCUAAGAACUUUCCGCCAAUUAUUAAAAUAGUUCGUAAUCAAAAAAGACUUGGCCUAAUUGGAGCUCGUCUUGCGGGCGCAAAAUCCGCAACCGGUGAGGUUUUGGUAAUUUUUGACUCUCACAUCGAAGUUAACUAUAAUUGGCUUCCGCCGUUAUUGGAGCCCAUUGCUAUCAAUUCCAAGAUUAGCACGUGCCCUAUGGUGGACAACGUUUUACACAAUAAUUUCGAGUACGCGCCUACUGAAAAAGGAUUAAGAGGUGGGUUUAAUUGGCGUUUUUCUUACAAACAGUUGUCCCUUCUGCGUGAGGAUAAGCUCAACCCAACACUACCAGAUAAAUUUUCACUCAAAUUUCACUUCAUUUAUCACAAAAAUCCAUCAGCAAAGCAAUUUUUCUCUUGAAGUUCUGCCUGCCUGGGCUGGUUGGAUAUAUGGGGUGCCGAGCAAUUUGAGCUAAGCUUCAAGAUAUGGAUGUGCGGUGGCAUGAUUCUAGAUGUGCCUUGUUCACAUGUGGCACAUAUUUUUCGAGGCCCCAUGGAUGAACGUCCUAAUCCACGAAGCUAUAAUUUUGUGAUAAGGAAUCAGAAGCGAGUUGCCGAGGUCUGGAUGGAUGAGUAUAAGCAAUACGUAUAUAAUCGUGAGCCAGAGAACUAUGCCAAGUCGGAGGUUGGAGACCUGACGCGUCAGCAUGCAGUACGCCAGCGACUAAAGUGCAAAUCCUUUGACUGGUACAUGAAAACGGUGGCAUUUGAUUUUCUUGUAAAUUAUCCGCCUAUAGAGCCGCCUAGUUAUGCUUGGGGUGCCAUUAAGAAUGCCGUUCAUACUGAAUACUGCUUGGAUACUAUGAGUAAAUCAGCUGAAAGUCGAGUGGGAUUAUUUCAAUGCGCCGAGAAUCUCACAAAUCCACAGCCAAACCAAUUCUGGCAGCUAUCUGCCCAUAGAGAGGUACGACAUCCGCAUGACGAACUUUGCCUAGACGUUCAAGGAGACAAGAAAAACAUUCCUGUAUGGAUGUGGGAGUGCCACUUAAGUCAAGGCAACCAGUUCUGGUACUAUGACCGUAAGAAAAAGUGGCUAGUCCAUGGUCAGAAAAAUCACCGCUGCCUUGAAGCUAUUAAUGAUAAAGGCUACCCGGAAGUUGUUGCAAAUAAGUGCGACAAAAGCAAAAGGGAACAACGAUGGACAUUUGCCACAGUCAAUAACUCCAUGCUGGAUAACUUCUUUGAUAAUAUCGUCAGUUAUGAAAGUUAAUUAAGUUUAUUAAUUUUGAAUUAAAUUGUUUAACUUCUU